AUGGACAGGAGUCUGCGAAUACUGGUACUGCGCCCUGUCAAUGUCGUCGACCUGAAGCCCGCGUCCUUCGCAUGCAGCAUUUUGAAGACCAACGCGAGUGGAAGUGCCCCGUGGGGAGCAUCCACUGCUCGAACCCUGUCUGUCCCGAGUGGAGGCGUGAAAAAAAGCCGGAUACACCGCAUGAAUGAGGAGAAAAAAUUGCCUCUGCUCCCUUCAAAUCUGACAGUAAGCAUCGUGACCUGGAACAUGGCGGAGAAGUCUCCGUCCUUGUCGGACGUGGUGCUUGUGGCCCGUAGUGCAGAGGUGCAUCGGUCGGACCUGUGCGUCGUCGGCGCCCAGGAACUCGAGAAUUUAAAACCCCGACGACACGAGGGAUCGCGUUCCCGGGAGUGGCGGCGGCUUCUCCUCCACGUCUUCGGCCGGACCCACAUGCUUCUGUGUUUGACCAAGCUGGGGGGGAUGCAGCUGGCGGUGCUGGCCAAGCGACCCCUCCUUCCUUACCUCUCCCCCCUCCAUGUCUGCGAGGUCCCCUGUGGGGUGGGCAACCUCUUGCACAACAAAGGGGGCCAGGCCGUGCUCUUCCGGGUAGCGACGCACACGUCCUUCCUCUUUAUCAACGCCCACUUGGCGGCCCAUGCCCAUCGGGUGGAAGAUCGGAACGGGGACGUGGACCGGGUGAUGACGGAGGUGCAGAGCCUCCUUGCGUUCUCACUGCCCGGGCGGGAAGGAAGGAGGGCCCGUGCGUCCAAGGAAUCGAUCCCCCUCUCUUCGUCAUUCCCCGAGCGACAACCCCACCAACCUCCGCCUUCCGCGCUGGUGAAAAAGGUAGACCGUUUCUUUUUCCUGGGAGAUUUGAAUUACCGUUUGGAACUUCCGCGGGAAGACAUCGAAGUGCCCUUGCGUCGGGUCAAGAACGCCAAGGUCUCCUUGGAGGAAGCGGUGGCCCGUCUCCUGGAAUAUGACCAGCUCAGCAUCGAACGGCUGGAAAAACGUCGGGUUUUUGAGGGGAUGGUGGAAAGUCCCGUGCAUUUUUUACCCACCUUCAAGUUCAACAAGGGCCGGGACCGGUACGACACCUCGCCCAAGAAGCGGGCGCCCGCUUGGACGGAUCGUAUCCUGUUCAAGGCUUGCGAAGGGCGUGUCCGAUGUGAGAAGUACGACUCGGUAGGAGGGGCGCGCCACAGCGAUCACAGGCCAGUGGUGGGGAGAAGGCUCGCCAGCAGA